CCCAGCGCUACCUCCGUCGCUUUUCCUGUCCGUUCACCGCCUCCAUCUCGAGUCUCGACUCGAUACAAGAACCCUGCCAUUUCUCUCUCUCUAUCUCCCACACCCAAGUCGCCGAUAACCCCUCAGUGCUUCCCCGUCGUUAAACCCAAACCCCUGGUUCGAGCCACCCACGCGCGGUCGGGAUUUGAUCGUCGAAUCUGUUAAUCAGGAGGCGAGCGCACUGGUUGAUCGAUUGCCCUAAGGAGUUGAGGUAAUUGAUUUUAUCAGAUUCGUCUACUUUUAGGGUUGACAUGCUUCUCUCCUCUCGUUUCUUUUUCUUUUGCCCAUGGGUACUUGAAUGCGUAAAUAUGAAUAUUGGCGAUACGUGAGGUGUAAUGUUAUGCUCUUCCCGAUGAAUAUGAACAUGGUUUGGCUUAUUUUGCUGCUUCUUUGAAUCGAAUAUGAAAGUCGAUAACCUAACUUUGCUGGGGUGCAAUGGACGGGAUGGAGGAUUAGAAUUUCGGAUAGCCAAUUGGAUAUUCCUUGCUGUGAGAGAUGUUCAUUAAGCUCUCUGCUGGACACCCAUAUAUGUCCGGAGUUGGAUUCAUCUGAACUGAAUUGCAGACAAUGUUCAUGUUUGUAAUAUGAUGACAGUGCUGUGGUUAAAUCCAUCAUUGAGCCAUAAACUUCAAUACUUCAUACGAGUUCUCCUUUGUCUAUUCUAUGUUGAACUUUGUCUUGUAAAUUACAUCUUUGAAAAUUCACUUCGUUAAAAAAGCUUGAGUGCCUGCAACUUGGCAUAUAAGUCUUGAAAAGACCGACGGAAGGAAAAAUGGCAGCAUAAACUCCACUAGCUUUUAUGUUGUAGAUUGUGUAAAUGAGGAGGCGUUGGUGAUUCUGUUAUCCUUGGUUGUCUUUUCUUUAUAUUGUUAAGGAUGGUAGUGUAAUUGCGUUAACCUAGAAUAUGGGUGAAUUGUUGUAAAUGGACGUAGGAAGGAAAUUGAUAGAACGGAAAGACAUUUUUUUUUUUCCUUUUCAGUUCAAAGAGAUACCAUAUGCUCUAUAUAACCAUGAAGUCUUCUUUCUGUAGAUAUGUGUUGAUUGAAACUAUUGGAUAUAUUUUAUUUGUAAUCGUUGCAACACUUUGAACACUUCUCUGAUGGGCAUCUUCUCUCUUAUGUAGAGUUAAGUCAGAAAAUGGCACACAGAUUACUGCGAGAUGUUGAAGCUGAUGGUUGGGAACGUUCAGACUUCCCUAUUAUCUGCGAGUCCUGUCUUGGUGACAAUCCAUAUGUCCGGAUGACAAAAGCUCAAUUUGAUAAAGAGUGCAAGAUAUGUACUCGUCCAUUCACAGUUUUUAGGUGGAGGCCUGGCCGUGAUGCAAGAUAUAAGAAAACUGAGAUUUGCCAGACAUGCUGUAAGCUAAAAAAUGUUUGUCAAGUCUGCCUUCUGGAUCUGGAGUAUGGCUUGCCUGUCCAGGUUCGGGAUACUGCCCUCAGCAUCAAUGCAAAUGAUGCUAUUCCAAAGAGUGAUGUAAACAGGGAGUAUUUUGCUGAAGAGCACGAUCGCAAGGCCAGAGCUGGGAUCGAUUAUGAAUCUUCUUAUGGAAAGGUUAGGCCAAAUGACACAAUCAUGAAGCUUCAAAGAACUUCACCGUACUACAAAAGGAACCGAGCACAUGUUUGCAGUUUCUUCAUCAGGGGUGAGUGCACACGUGGUGCUGAAUGUCCUUACCGGCACGAAAUGCCUGUAACUGGGGAGUUGUCGCAGCAAAAUAUAAAAGAUCGUUACUAUGGAGUUAAUGAUCCAGUGGCAUUGAAACUUCUCAACAAGGCUGGUGAAAUGCCGUCAUUGGAACCCCCUGAGGACGAAAGCAUAAGAACCCUGUACGUUGGUGGGCUUGAUGCUAGAGUAAGUGAGCAGGAUCUAAGGGACAAUUUCUAUGCACAUGGUGAGAUUGAAUCCGUCAAAAUGGUGACUCAACGAGCUAUUGCCUUUGUGACGUAUACAACAAGAGAAGGAGCAGAGAAAGCUGCCGAGGAACUGUCGAACAAACUAGUAAUCAAGGGUCUGAGGCUGAAGCUCAUGUGGGGGAGACCUCAAGCACCAAAACCGGAUCUUGACCUCUCCGAGGAAGCCAGGCAGCAGGCGCUCAUGGCUCACGGCGGGAUGCUUCCUCGUGCUUUGGUAUCCCAACAACAACAGAACCUCCCUCCCGGUACAGCUCCCGAUCAGCCUCAACAACCGAUGCAGUACUUCAACAUCCCACUUCCUCAACAGCAGCAAGAAAGAGCUUUCUACCCGUCCAUGGAUCCCCAGAGAAUGGGUGCUGUAAUUCCUUCACAGGAUGGAGGGGCUUCAAGUAGUUCAGCUGGCGAGAAGAAUCCUGGUGGGGAUACACAGCAGCAGCAGAAUCAUCACUACCCUUAUCAAGGAAUGGCUCGUCCUCCCCCUCCGCAUGGUCAGUUUCAGCAGCAACACCAUUAUCCACCUCCUCCGUAUGGGUAUAUGCAGCCUCCGCCGCCGCAGCAGUAUCAGCAGUAUCCUCCAGCAGCAGCAUAUCCGUCAGGGAUGCCGCCACCGCAGCAGGCAAGCCAGCAGCAAUACCAACAGUUUGCGGCUCCACCACCUCCAAGGCCUGCUGCAGCUCCAGAGUCCUCAUCAAGUGCACCUGCUCCUCAAUCAAACCAGUGAAAUUUUGUGUCGAUUUUUUUUGGAUGUUGUCGAAGCCGAAGCCGUCUAUUAUGUUGUUAUUUUACAGGGCGGAUGUGGAAGUUUAGAAAUGAAUGGAGGCCAAGGCUAAACAAGAACGAGGGGCAGGCUGUGGCCAUCAGACGGUGUAAUUCACAAUUUGUCUUCAUCUGUGUUUCCCUUGUAUCACGAUUGAAGGUUUUGGCUUGUGAUUGAAAUUGGUAUUCACAAUUUGUACCGUGUAGGCGUGUACUGUGUAUUCUUUAUUAUUACACUCGUCCCAUUUCUGUUCAUACCAACUUUUAAAAAAAAAUCGUAAUUUCAAUCCAUCAAUCAAUUAAAAAGAGAGUCCCGUACAUUACUGUUGUGAACUGCUGGUUCUUGUAGCAGCCGACACUGUUAUGGUCGUUGUUGCCAUUCUCUGGCCGGAUCUGGAGAUCUCGCAAUUGGGUGGUAUUUGAGGGCAAAUAGUAUGGGCUUCCUGCGUUAAUGCGGGCAGUUCACGCAGCAAUAUGAAGAGUGGGUAAGGCUCCCGAUGGAUAAGCCUUUGCAAUUGCAGGCCCCGGUUCCGAAGGGUCAGGCAUCGGGAUCGGUGGAUCCGUCAGGGCUCGUUUGUGGGUGAGAUUGUGCUACUAGAAAGGGAUCACAUUCAGCCGGAGGGCUGGUGCUUAUGACCCCGGAUCGAGCCAUCCUGACGGCCACAGGGGUACAUUUUCCGGUCCGUGAUGAUCCUUUGGUGGUGGAAUUGUUUGUCUUACGUGAGGCUAUUCUUUGGUGUUUGGGUCAGGGGUUAACCUGUGUUAGGUUUGAGGGAGAUACCAAGGUGGUCAUUGACAAAAUCAGGCACGCUGAGACGCGGGACAACAGGAUGGGUGCUGUUCUGGAGGAAGUAAUGCAGUAUUUUGACAAUCAUCCGGGGUUUGGUGUUCGGUUCGUAGGUCGGAGUAUCAAUAGGGUAACCCAUUUGGUGGCUAGGAAAGCCCUCUCCUUGUAUCCGACUAUGAGUCGUUUCUUUAAUUUUUUAGGUCUGGUUGAUAUCCAUAAUGUAACUAUCUCCUUUUUGGAAUUAAUAUAAGAUUAUCUUUUAUAAAAAAAAUGCCGUGAUGAGUUGAAAAUGGGUUACACGUUGGUUUUUGUGGGCUGACACGUAUUGGUGUACAUGCAUACGCGGUCAAAAGUCUCUGUGAUGACAUGGACAGUAGGGCCAUUUUCCCCCAUCUUUUUCUGAAGAGUACGAGUAGAGUACUCUUGGCUGCCUAGGAGUCCUAUCUAUCUUGGCACUUGGUAUAUUAUAUAUCGAUAGGAAAUAUUGGAUACGAGAUUUCAUAUGGCAGGCGGAUUUAUUAGUAAUUUGGUAUGUAAUGUUUCGAUCAUCAUGAUUCUAUUUACAGAGUAAAUGUCUUAUAUAUUCACAUGGAAUUCCACGUAGCUGAUGCUACUCGAGUCAGAACGUAAGCUAGUGAUACUUUGGAGCUACUGGACUUUCGCCAUAUAGAGAGUGCGGUACUUUACCGCGCUUUGCAUAGCAACACGACGCUUAUAUUGCUCUCCCACAAUCCCGUUUUUCACGGAUUAGGCUGUUGCUCCUAUUCCGCUUGCCGCUACUACGGGAAUCAGCUUUUGCUUUGUUUCCUUUCUUUGCACAUUAUGAUGUACGUACAUGUUCUUGUUCUACCAUUUCUGCUGACUGUUGUGUGAGUCGUAGCUUUCUCCUUUAGCAUACAAUUAGUUUUCCUGACUUUUUAAACGUAUCAAAGGUUUCAACCAACGCCACCUAAAAUAUGAAUUGACAUUAAAUUUGCGGAAGGUGCAAAAGGAGAAAAGUAUUAUGAAUCUACAUUUCUUUCCACAUUGUAUAUGAUGCUUUCCUUUCCCAAAUUUGUCAAUCUUUUGUGUGUUGGGUUGCUUCGGACACACGGAAGCAGAGCAAUCAUGGAUGCAGUGCGUCUAUGGUGUUUGAGUGAAUGCAUAUUAAUUCGUAUUUAUAUCGAAACUACGACGGAAGAAGCAAAUUAAGGGGCGAAAAAGUAAAAUGGCACCCAUCACCACCUUCUUCCUCUUUGUGUGUUCAUGUCUAGACCUCAUCAACCCAUCAUCUUGGCUACUGGACCUCCAUCACUACUCCUCUUUCUCGUCGUCGUCUUCUUCUCGCCGGCGGCAAGUCUCGCCGUCGCCGCUCGCCCUUUCCUUUCCCGGUGCUUACUGAGAGAUCUUCCUUCAAGGCAAGUGUCAGCUGGGAAAGCUCUUGAUAUCAUCUAGAGGUGGCAAAUGGAUUGAUACAUGGAUUGUUGGAUUGGAUUGGUGGAUCUAUGGAUCAAAUGAAUUGGUAGAUUAUCCAUGAAUCCAAAUGACAUCCUCAACCAAGGACCAAUAUGUAAAAUGUGAAAAGUUUAGGUACUAAAAUGUCAUAAUGAAAAUUUUCAGGUACCAAAACGUAAUUUCCAAUGAUAUUUUUUGUAUAAAUAAUUAAAAUUUGGGUACCAAAAUGUAAAAUAUAAAUAGUAUAGGUACCAAACUGUAAUUUGCCAUUUGGAUCCAUGGAUGAAUCCACCAAUCCAAUUGGAUUUGGAUCAAAUGAAUUGGAUUUAAAUGGAUUAGGUGGAUAUUUUUAAUGGGUUGGUGGAUUGGAUUGAGAAUUGCCACCUCUAAUCAUCAGCCAUCAUGAUGAUUUGUGGUAGCUUAUAUAUCCAUGAAUCCAAAUGACAUCCUCAACCAAGGACCAAUAUGUAAAAUGUGAAAAGUUUAGGUACUAAAAUGUCAUAAUGAAAAUUUUCAGGUACCAAAACGUAAUUUCCAAUGAUAUUUUUUGUAUAAAUAAUUAUAAUUUGGGUACCAAAAUGUAAAAUAUAAAUAGUAUAGGUACCAAACUGUAAUUUGCCAUUUGGAUCCAUGGAUGAAUCCACCAAUCCAAUUGUAUUUGGAUCAAAUGAAUUGGAUUUAAAUGGAUUAGGUGGAUAUUUUUAAUGGGUUGGUGGAUUGCAUUGAGAAUUGCCACCUCUAAUCAUCAGCCAUCAUGAUGAUUUGUGGUAGCUUAUAUAUCCAUGAAUCCAAAUGACAUCCUCAACCAAGGACCAAUAUGUAAAAUAUAAAAAUUUUAGGUACUAAAAUGUCAUAAUGAAAAUUUUUAGGUACCAAAACGUAAUUUUCAAUGAUAUUUUUUGUAUAAAUAAUUAAAAUUUGG